AUGGCUCCUCCGAAGAGUCCCAUCAUCGUUCCCACUGGCUUUGCUGCGUCGCCGAACUCCUCCUCGUCUUCCUCAUCCGGCGGUGGUACGCCUCCCGCGGCUCGCCCACGGCCGUCGCCAGAACAAUCGCUGGCUCAUGAGCGCCCGUCGUUCACCUUUAUCGGGCAGGAUGAUGAGGCCGCCUUGAAAGGGAGAAAGGGUUCUGAUACCCGCAAGAUGAUACGGUCUCACGUAAUGCGAGAUGUGCGUCGUCGAGAGAGAAUCGCCGGUCUCAAGCGAGUCUCAAAGAAGACGUCCAAGAAGAAUGAAGCCGGAGCCUCCCCUUCUCCUUCUUCUACUUCAUCAUUAUCAUCAUUAUCAUCAUUAUCAUCAACAACAACAGCAACAACAAUUGCUGUCCAGAGCCAGACAGAUGACCAGGAGGAGUCUGCAACAGACGCAGUCGCAGGCGGGAGGCCGCCGCCCUCAUGGGUCUUAUUUACGAACAAGGACAAAACCAAGGUGCUCUAUAUAUUCAACAACCCUCUGACGACCGCUGUAUACCAAACUUUGGAUCCGAUGGAUACUUUAAAGGGUUUUGAGGGAAUAGGCCAUGUCGUCAGCAACCUGGUAUACUAUAUCAACCACUGCCUCAUACCCAUGACUUUCCCCAUUGAAGCCAGAAAAGAAACAGAGACAAAGAAACGGCUAGCCAUAAUGAGGGUUUCGGCUCUUUCAUCGUCUGCUUCGUUUUUUGCCCAGAUGACCCUCAGCGCCGCGCACAAAGCCAUCUUUGAACAGCAUCAUUCAAUAUCGCUGGCAGGCUCCGAUAAAGAAGAAGCUAUGCUACUAGACCCUACCUACUACGUUAUGAAGGCCAAGUGUAUAGCAGAGAUGAACCGGAAACUGCAAGACCCAGACCCGAUGAAAGCAGUCGAUGAUACUGCAAUAGAUAUAGUGACAGGCCUUAUAUCUGCAACAUUAACACUAGGUUUAUUUGAAGAAGCCAGAGUUCACUGGCAGGGCAUGAAGAAAAUAGUUGACUUCCGUGGUGGAAUUGUAAGAAUGGCUACGCAAGGCUCCCGUGGCAUAGGGGCCGUUCUAACGUGUGAUCUCAAAGCCGCAUACACUCUAUUAAGCCGCCCAAUAUUCCCCUUGGCUUGGGAGCCUCAAGCCCUUCCGCCUGAAGUCAGGGAAAAAAUCGAACCUCCGCCAAACUCCCAACUACGUCACCUUACCAAAACAUUAUGCGCUAAUAAACACCUUAGCUCCAAAUUAAUCUCCCUGAUGCAAGAAAUCCGCCAUGUUUUUUUCUUUGAAAUUUUCAACCGUACAGAUGCCUCAGGACUUUCGAACAUAGAAUAUGAAAUGUUCCUCAUGAAGGCCCACGAGAUGGAAUACGAACUUUUAGACUACCCUUACCGCGAGCCGGAGGCCGAGGGUGUCUCAGACAAGGAUAUAUUAAAGGAAAACCCAAUAGAGUCCGUUGCUCGGCUCACUGCCCUAUCCUACUUCAACUCCUGCUUCGUUGUCUCCCCGCCUGAGUUUGGAACCGGAAGGGCAAUAACAAAGCACCUGAAAGACGCCCUUGCUAAAUGUGUUGUGCAACCACUAUCCGAACAGUCACAUGAAGAUCGCUCCUUGCUGGCCUGGGCGGCUUUCAUCAGCAUUUCUGGCGCGUGGGACCAGACGCUACGGAAAUGGCUGGUGGAAGUACUGCACAAUAUCAUUGUUUUACAAUACUGGCGGAGCUGGGAAGAAGUUGAGUCUGUGAUGCACGGAUAUCUUUAUGCUGGCCAGCUACAUGGCCAUAUUUGGAGGAAAGUAUGGUUCGAGGCUCAGUCUUUCAGCUCCAUCUGCGAGAUCGAUGGAUAA